AUGUCGGUAGACAUUGGAUGGGAAACCAUCACCUCAGGCCCUGACGGUGCUGCUCUUGCCGAGCAGGUUCGAGCCUUUGUACACGAGAAAUUCCAGCAGGUGGCGCUGCCUCGCUUCAUCAACGCCGUUCACGUUCAUUCGUUCGAUCUCGGGACCGUCUGCCCGGAGAUCGAAAUCAAGGACAUCUGCGAUCCGCUGCCUGACUUCUACGAGGAUGACGACGAUAGUGAUGAUGACGGAGACGAAGAUGAGAUCCGCGGCGGUAACGAUGGAGCUAAGACGGCGAAGAAUCAGAGCUUCGAAAGCAUGCGUGGCAACGAAUCUGAAGACGCUGCUCUGAGUUCUCGGCGGCCACGUCCGACACCACAGCUUUCCAAUAUCUUGACGAGCUCGGAAUUCGCCGAGUUUGCUGCGAGGGGGUCGACCAAAGCAGGGCAGAGUGCAACAAGCGCCCAUCCGUUCAGCGGGCCGUUUCCACGAAGCACAACUCCUGGCAUUCCAGGAGGGACGUCGAACCUCAGCUACUUCCAUUUCCCGGGCAGCGGUCUUUCUGGCACUCAGACUCCGCUGGCGGCCCUUGCCAGCGGAACUCCCUUCACCCCGAGACCCUGGUCGCACGACCCGACAGACAGUGACCCUUUCCAGCACACGGCUCCCCAUGGACCGAUCCAAGGAGGGCAGUUGCAGCGAGACCUAUCAGGGCAUUAUGAUCCAUCCACCAGACCGUCGACGGCCAACAGCAUCUCUUCCCCUCGUGAGUCUGAAUCAGGGCUGUCAUCGUCGCCCCCAUCACAAAGCAAAUACGCUCCAGGCGCCGACAGCAGGCACGAUUCUACGCUAGAUGAUGUGACGGCACUGUCACCUGCCAGACUACACAGCAGACAGCCCUCCGACCUGCAGGUGGUUGCCAGUGUCAAGUAUGCCGGGGACGUGCGCAUGACCCUGACAGCAGAGAUACUGCUCGACUAUCCCAUGCCGAGCUUUGUGGGGAUCCCGCUGAAACUCGCCAUCACAGGCCUCACUUUCGAUGGUGUCGCGAUCGUGGCUAUGAUUAAAAGGAAGAUGCACUUUUGUUUCUUGGAUCCCGAGGAUGCUGCCGCGCUAGUCGGAGAAGGCCAGACAGGUGACCAACGCACGGAGAUCCGUGGCAGGGAUGGCGUGGGGACUGGUGUGCCCGGUCUGCUCCAGGAAAUCCGCGUGGAGAGCGAGAUUGGGCGGCAAACCGAUGGGAAGCAGGUCCUCAAGAAUGUUGGCAAGGUGGAAACGUUUAUCCUUGAACAGGUCAGGAAGAUUUUCGAAGAGGAGUUCGUCUUUCCAAGCUAUUGGACGUUUCUAGUGUGA